UUGGUUGUGGUGUUACCCAUGGUGCUAUGUGUCCAAUUGAUGUCGUUAAGACCAGAAUUCAAUUAGAACCAACUGUCUACAACAAGGGUAUGUUGGGUUCUUUCAAGCAAGUCGUUGCCAACGAAGGUGCUGGUGCUCUUUUGACCGGUUUAGGUCCAACCAUCUUAGGUUACUCCUUACAAGGUGCUUUCAAGUUCGGUGGUUACGAAUUAUUCAAGAAGAACUUUAUUGAACUCUUGGGUUACGACACUGCCAAGCAAUACAAGAACUCCAUUUACAUUGGUUCUGCUGCUUUAGCUGAAUUCUUUGCUGAUAUUGCUUUAUGUCCAUUGGAAGCUACCAGAAUUAGAUUGGUUUCCCAACCAACCUUUGCUGAUGGUUUGAUUGGUGGUUUCGGUAGAAUCUUGAGAGAAGAAGGUGUUGGUUCUUUCUACAAUGGUUUCACUCCAAUCUUGUUCAAGCAAAUUCCUUACAACAUUGCUAAGUUCUUGGUUUUCGAAAGAGCUGCUGAAGCCAUUUACGCUGCUAUCCCAACCCCAAAGAAGGACUUGUCCAACUCUACCAACACUUUAGUUAACUUAGGUUCCGGUAUUAUCGCUGGUUGUGCUGCCGCUAUUGUUUCUCAACCUGCUGAUACUUUAUUGUCCAAGGUCAACAAGACCAAGAAGGCUCCAGGUCAAUCCACUGUCGGUUUAUUGGUUCAAUUAGCUAAGCAAUUAGGUAUCAAGGGUUCUUUCACCGGUUUACCAACCAGAUUGAUUAUGGUCGGUACCUUAACCUCAUUGCAAUUCACCAUUUACGGUACUAUUAAGAAGGCUUUAGGUUGUCCACCAGCUGUUGAAUUAUAAGCUGAUUGAAUAACUCGUUACUACAUUUGAACUAUUAGGAUUGGCUUGUAUCAUAGAUUUUUCUUUACCAACCUCAAUUCACAUUUUCUAUGUAGUGUUUUGUUUAUAUUUUUAUUAGUACAUAAAACCAAUUUCAUUUCGUCAAUAGAUCAUUAUUUUGUAAUGUGAUAAUAGUUUGCAAUUUUUUUUUCUCAUCGCCGUAUCUCCGAGAUUCAAGUUUGUCCGAGGCGUGUUGUAACACAUGCUAUAUAUAACAACGUUCGCUAAUUGAAGUUCCACUUCGUGUAUCACACAUUCAAGUGUAACCCACUGCCAAGCUAGUAUGAGACUUCCCCCGAGAUUAAUUCCCCAAGAUCUUGUGUUGUGCUCUUAGUCCUCCCCGGAGAAUUCCGGUGCGUGAUUAAUAAAAUUUUUAACACACUUGAAAAAAAAAAAACCGUGUGUGAUGUGUUUGUGACGUAACUAGGAAUACGUGACCGGAUGUGGUCUACUACACCCUCGGAAUGAGAACGUGCUGAAACAAAAGAAACGUUAUUUACAUUUCGCGAUACUGGGGAAGUAAACGUUUAGCAAUUGGUUCAUUGAUCGACUAUAAUUAGUAAGGCAUCAUGUGCUUAUGUGAUGAGUGAUGUGAUCCACAAAUUGGCUAGGUAUGUACCAAUAUGGGCUAUGUUUUUCUGAUGUUCUAGCAAAAAAGGCAAUAUUUUUCUUCGCUAUUCCCAAUUGGCUAUUUAUUGCUGCAAAUUUCAUAAAACCAGAGUACAAAAGUGUUUAGAUUUAUCAGCCUUUGUAAGAAAAACUAGAAUAUAGGUGUAACUUAACACAUUACUAUAUUAAAUAUCUAAUUAAACUGAAUCCUGAUCAACUUUACUGGGAAGUUUAUCUUCAAACACAUCAUCAAACUCGUUACUAACUGGAAUUGUCUGUCUUUGUCUAUCAAUAAAGUAAUUACCCACAUAAACACAAGCAGUUAUAAACUCCAUCGUGGUAGCCAAUACAUAUUCAUAUGUUACAAACUGAGCACUUAACCCAUUCGCAGUAUAAUUUGACAUGUCGUAAUAAUUCAUCUUCGUAAUGAAAAUAGAAAUUACUCCAAAGAUCCCUCUGAUGGUGAUGAAUGGUGCUACUAUAAAGAUACUGUAAAUAUUACAGUGUCUUACUCCUUCUUUGUAGUAAACAUAAAUAGCCAACAAGAUUGCAAUUAAAGUAAGGGAAAGGAACAUUACCUGACCAGUGGUUCUUAAUGCCUUGGCAGUUAUGAUCUUGUUUGGAUCAGGGUUUGAAGGAUCCUGGCCAGCUAAAGUAGACCCACCACUAAUUACAAGAGCAUUGGCCGGGAUCAAUAAUAUAUGAAACACACUAGCCAAGGGGAAUCGUGCACGUAAUUUCUCUCUGAUCGUAGUGGCACGAGCUAAGUUCUGUUUCUUUUGUUCUUUACUUGGUCUAAACCAAGAUUGACCAAAUUGGUAAAGUUGUGCAUUGGCAAUCAAAUGGAAAGAACAAAGCACCAACACAAAGUAACCUUCAGCACUAAAUACAAGGUACGCGAUUAACCAUUGCCAAUGUUCAUAGCCCAAUGCCGAAAACACCACCCCACACAUUUGACCACAUACUCGGAAAACCCCGUAUACUAAAAGCGAAGUAUAGAUUGAUCUGAACCCCUUUUCGGACACAAUUUUGAUUGUCAAUGAAAGAUAUAUCACAUAAAGGACAAGGAAAAUCGAAGCAGCAAUACCAGAAUUUCUAUCAACAAACGUCAUUGUAUUAAAAAAAAGCGUUAUCGAAUAAAACUUCUAAAGUACAAUAAAAGGUCAAUGGGAUUAUGCCUGAUAUAAAUAUGAUCGAAAUCGAAUCAUGAAGAGAGGGGGCACCUUUAUGGCCCCUUUGUAAACUCAGAAC